AUGGCUCCCAGUGCUAUGCCCACAUCUUCGGUUGAGCCGGCCACGAAUGGCGUCGGAAAGUCAACCGGAGUUAGCAAUGGUUUGAGCAACGGGGAUGGCAGCAGUGUGAGCAACCGAUUCGAAAACAGUCAUGGUAAUGGACCUGUGAACGGCAAUGGCUCUUCUGAACUGCCCCCUACCGCCAACGGCGAGCCUUCCAUGAGACGACCCGUCACCUUUAGCGACUCUAUCGACUAUUCACCAGCAUUGCCGUCUCCCGAACCAAGCCAGGGUGUGAGGUUUGGAUCCGGCACACACCGGAUUCACUCCAUCGGCCGCCACGAGACCGAAGCCAGCGGGCCUGGGAGGAGCUAUGCCAGAGUCAGGUCAUGGGGCAAGAGUUCGAGCAGUGCACAAUACCCUCGCCUCUCCAAGCCUCUAGAACUCAUGCGCUCCUCGUAUGACUGCGUCGUCAUUGGUUCCGGCUAUGGAGGCGGUGUCGCUGCUUCGCGGAUGGCGCGAGCAGGACAGUCCGUGUGUCUCCUCGAGCGAGGCAAGGAACGAUGGCCCGGCGAGUUUCCCGCGGAAACAGGCGAAGCUCUGGACCAGAUGCACUAUUCUGGCGAGUUUGCCCCUGGCUGGUUACCCAAGCAGCUCGUCAACGGAGGCGAUCCCACGGGCAUGUACCAUCUUAUUUUCGGCAAUGGCCAGAAUGCCGUUGUUGCUAAUGGUCUCGGCGGAACAAGUCUGAUCAAUGCCAAUGUGUAUCUAGAAGCCGAUGAACAAACUCUCAAGCAAGAGUCGUGGCCACGCGAGAUUAGAAAGGACCCCAAACGCGAAAUGGAAAGAUACUAUGCAAAGGCCAGGAAAAUGCUCGAGCCCGAAACGUACCCCGACGACUGGCCCGCGCUCCCCAAGCUAGAUUUGCUCAAGAAGCAAGCAGAGGCUCUAAACAUGAAGGAAAAGUUUCGAAAAGUCGAGCAAACGACACGAUUCAGAAAUGGCCCCAACGCUGCUGGCGUUGAAAUGACACCGUCUGGCCUCACGGGCCAAGACUGCACGGGUGUCAAUGACGGCUCAAAGAACUCCACCCUCGUCACAUACGUUGCCGAUGCUUGGAACUGGGGCGCCGAGAUCUUUUGCGAGUCCGAGGUGCGGUACAUCACCAAGGCGCCCGGCCGCGAAGGCUGGCUCAUUUACUUUGCCUGGCACGGACGGAACCGGGGCCACUUCAAGGCCAACCUCCACGGCGACCUCAUGUGGGUUCAUGCCAAAAAGGCCGUGUUCCUUGGUGCCGGCGCCAUUGGCACCACUGAGAUUCUCUUGAGAAGUAAAGAGAUGGGACUUGAAAUGAGUGACCAGGUUGGCUUGAACAUGAGCGGCAAUGGUGACAUGCUGGCCUUUGGCUACAACACGGACGAGGAGGUCAAUGGCAUCGGCCGUACUCAUGGCUCGCCAUAUCACCCCGUCGGGCCUUGCAUCACCGGUAUAAUCGACAACAGAGAAGGACAUGCUAACCCCCUGAACGGCUAUGUCAUUGAAGAGGGUGUCGUCCCCAAAGCACUGGCGCCUUUCCUGCAGGCCAUGCUGGAGCUCCUCCCUGGCAGUGUGGGCCCCAAGGACGAGGGCCUGGUUGACACUCUCAAAGCGAAUCUUGCCCGCUUCGGCUCCUUCUUCCUCGGCCCCUACUAUCGCAGGGGUGCCAUUGAGAGAACUCAGACAUACCUCGUCAUGUCGCACGACAGUAACCAAGCCAUGCUCACGCUCAAGGACGACAAGCCAGUGCUCGAGUUCCUGGGUGUCGGCCGCAGCAACCACGUCAAGUUCUUGAACAAUAUCCUUGAAAAGGCCACCCGCGCCGUGGGGGGUACAUUUGUGCAGAACCCUUGGUACGCCUUGAUGGGCCAGCAACAAGUGACUGUUCACCCGAUUGGUGGUGCAUGCCUGGCUUCCGAAGGUAACGGUGCCAGCGGAGCUACCAACCAUUUCGGCGAGGUGUUUAUCGGCGACGGCGCCGAAACUCACCGCGGUCUCAUGGUUGUCGAUGCCGCCUUGAUCCCGACUGCCCUGGGCGCCAACCCGCUUGCCACCAUCACUGCUCUGGCUGAGCGCUGUGUCGAGCAUUACUGCCUGCGACAACGCCUCACCAUCAGUGAGCAGAAGAACGGUAUCCUUGACCUCUUUGGUUCUCCACAAUAUGAUUCUCAAAUCUUUGCCGAGUCGGAAGAUGAUCAGGAUGAUGUGGUUAGCAUCUCGAGUGCCAGUGAUGUAAUCAAGUCUGCCCAGCGCAUGAACGAUGGCGGCUUUGGCUUCACUGAAGUCAUGUCAGGUUUUAUCCACCAUGACCAAGGCUUGAAGGAGGAAAGCCAACAGUCGUACGAUCUGGCUGCCAGAAUCGCAGAGUCCAGAUGCGAGUCGGCUCGCUUCUUCCUCAGCGUCCAGUCGUUCAACACGAGGUCCAUUGUCCACGACCCCGAGCAUAGGGCCAUGCUCACGGGUACCUUUUCUUGCCCGACCAUUCCUGGAUCUCCUUUCAUGGUGCAACGCGGAGACUUUAAUCUCUUCCGCCAAUACCUCGACGCCCCUGGCACCAAGAAUCUCGUGUACAACUUUAUGAUGCGAGGCACUGAUGGCAGGCUUCUCCACUUUCGUGGUUUCAAGGUCGUUGACUCUUCCGUCGCCUUGAAUCCUGUCCAAUUCUGGCGUGCCACCAGCACCCUAUAUGUCACGAUCAGAAAGGCUCGAUACAACGGUUACUUCCGCGAGGACAUGCGCGAGGAGGAAGCUAUGACAGGUACGGUCAUUGCCAAGGGCAUCAUGAGAAUCCAGCCUGCAGACUUUGCCAGUCAGAUUCUCACCAUGACGCCAACCGGUAGCGGGCUGCUGAAAAAGGCCAUGAGCGCUGCUAGUUUCAUGACCUACUUUACGCGAAAGUCAUUGUCUCUUUUCCUCGCGCCCUUUACACCGCUCGAGUAUCCCAGCCAGAGCUACAAUGGCUACAUCAACGAGACUCUACCCACGGCGACAUAUCAGAUCCAGGCCGAUGACAAGGUCAUGACGCGGAUGCAAAUGUACGAGUCCACCAACCCGAAUGUGGAAACAAAGGUUCUCUUCAUGGUUCCUGGCGCCUCGGUGGACCACCAGAUCUAUGCCCUGCCCACCAUUCGCUGCAAUGCUGUCAACUACUUUACGCGAGCAGGCUACCGCGUCUACGUCAGCGUGCACCGCAUCUGCGCAUUGAUGAUUGCUCAAAACAACUGGACCACCUUUGACUCGCGCUUGGAUAUCAAGGCGUGUCUGGAAAAGAUCCGCAAGGACAAUGGCAAGAAGCCCGUCUACACGAUUGCGCACUGCAUGGGCAGCGUGGCCUUUUCCACGGGCCUGCUUGACGGCACGAUUCCCGCCGACUGGAUCCAGGGCAUCACGUGCAGUCAGGUCUUUAUGAACCCAAUCUGGAACACCAUGAACAUGAUCAAAAUCAUGGCCUUUCCGAUCCCGCUGGACAAGAUCUACAAGCUGCUCUGCGGCUCGUGGUUCUCGUGCAGCACGGCGCACGACGACAGCUACAUUCAAAAGGCGCUCAACGAGGUGCUGCGGCUCAUGCCCGACGAGCGCAAGGAAAUGUGCAACAACGCGUCGUGCCACCGCGUCAGCCUGACCUUUGGCCGGUGCUGGAACCACGCCAACCUCAACGAGGCGACGCACCGGCAGAUUGACCGCUUCUUUGGCGGCGUCAACAUGACGCUGCUGCACCUGCUCAUGAAGCAGGGCUACGACGGCGGCGUCAUGACCAACGCGCCCCUCUUUGACCGGCUCGACACCCCCGAGAACAUCGCCAACCUGCGCGGCAUUCCCUUUUUGCUCUUUGUCGGUCGCGAUAACGCCGUCCUCAGCCCCGCGGCUACCGAGAAGACGUACGAGGUCCUCUGCGACACGUUUGGUACGCGCGAUACUCGUGAUAAUGAUGGUCUGCAGUACAAGCGCCGCGUCGUUCCCAACUAUGGGCAUCUCGAUUGCUGGAUGGGCCGUAAUGCCUACAAGGACGUCUACCCCUUUGUUCGAGAAGAGGUGGACCGUGUUACUCGUGGCGAGGAUUACCGCUUCGUCGAGCCGAAUGAUAAGUUUACGGAGCGCAGUGAUUUUUAA